AUGAGGUUCAACCGAACGGUGUGUCGUAACGACGGUAACUUUGCGAUCACGUGUUGCCAUCAAGAGUACGCCACCUACACGCUAGAUCGCGAUAGGAACCCACCGCGCUGCCCUCCGCUGCCACGGCCGGAGAUCGAGAGGGAAAUGGAUUUCACUCCUCACUUACAAGUCAUCUGGGAAGCAUGCCUCAACUACUCCAUGGAGGGCAGCAGAUGCAUCCGGAGCCCAGAAUCCCCCGACCAUUACGAAAGGGACCAGUGCCUCGAUGAGCAGACCGGGACCAAGGUGGCGGACGGUGUACCAGCAAACUUGAAGCAGUUCCCGCACAUGGUGAGCCCACAUUUCCGGGCACAGCGGACCACAGAGCCAAUGGCCUCGGACUUUGGAUUGGCUGCAGUGAGGGUACGCAGCGUUCUCCGUUGCAGUCAGACUGUCAUGGGCUACAUAGUGGUUGGUAAACAUGUGGUGCCCAUUUCUACUGCUCCGGUCCGACGGAGAAAGUAUGGCGGCCGCAGAAGGUGCGUCCGAGAGUACCGCGACCUCACAGAAGACCAGCGUGAAGUAGAAGUCUUCUGCGUUUCGUCUGGUGAUGGCCCAAUACGAUACGCGCUUCUGGGGGCAACGAACAAGACUGACCUCAGGUCGGGGUUACUGUACCAUGUGGCGAGAUUGAUGCCCCAUCUGUCGUACAAAUUCCGCUAUAAGCCUAACGACAUCGCGCUCGUGGAGUUGAGCAGACGGGUGAGCUUCACAGAGUUCAUAAGGCCGCUCUGCCUCAAAGUGCCCGGUCUU